AACGCGUGCGCACUGACAGAAAAGCAGCCAGACUUUCUCCCGCAGUCUCAGCGGAGGGUUAAAUGGCUAACUUAAGGCCCUGUCUGUUCAGAUGCUGCGUCCUGGUGUGCGUGGUCUGCACCGUGGCUGUGCUCUGCGUGUGGAUCGCGUCACUGUCGGGGACCACAUGUCCCGCAGGCAGCUUCAGGCGCGCGGCCGUGUCCGCCGACUCGCAGCGCUGCUCUGACAUCGGCAGGCGCAUGCUGCAGCAGGGCGGCUCGGCAGUAGAUGGCACCAUUGCAGCUCUUCUGUGCACGUCCCUGGUCAAUCCUCAGAGCAUGGGGAUCGGAGGAGGGUCUAUAGUCACUAUAAGAGAGAAAACAGGCCGCGUCAAGGUCUACAACUUCAGAGAGACGGUCCCGCAGUCGUUCAAGCCAAACCUGUUGAAUGACUGUCCCAUUCAAUUCUCCCCUUCCUUAGGCAGCCAGUGGAUCGGCGUGCCCGGAGAGCUGCGGGGCUACCAGGUCCUUCACGAGCAGUACGGGAAGCUGCCCUGGGCCGAGCUGUUCGAGCCCACCAUCAAACUGGCCAGAGAGGGAUUCCCUUUGCCGCAGUAUCUGGGAAAACUCCUGAAUGUCCCUCUGGUGAAAGGCAUCGUGGAACCCUCAUCUCUCUGCUCUCUGCAAGUUAUUUGCAACAAGAACCAAACUGUUCUGAGCCAAGGAGACACCCUGAAGUUUUCUAAACUAGCUGAUACCCUGCAAACCGUAGCGAAGAUGGGGGCAGCUGCCUUCUACACUGGCAAGAUAGGACAGGACUUAAUCCAAGACAUACAAGAACAAGGUGGGACGUUAACAAUGGAGGAUCUAAACUCGUUCAAGGUGCGGGUGGAGGAUGCGUGGACGGUGCCUUUAGGAAAUACUAAAAUGCACAUCCCGCCACCGCCUGCUGGGGGCGCCAUGCUUGGAUUCGUUCUCAGACUCAUGAAAGAGUUUUCCCUGUCUCCAAACUACUUGAAAGGUGAACACAAGAUUCAGAUGUACCAUCUUUACAUAGAGGCACUUAAAUUCGCUAACGGAGAAAAGGCGAACAUCAGAGAUCCUGUCUUUAACAACAAUAAGAGUGCAGAACACCUGAUCGAUCCCUCCUUCAUUAAACGCAUCAGAGAGAUGAUCUCAAAACAAGCCCAUGAGAAAUCCUACUACUACAACGUCCAGCCGCCCCCCGAUCAAGUCGGGACCACGCACGUGUCCGUCAUGGAUGAAGACGGACUGGUCGUCUCGGCCACCAGCACCAUAAACCAAUUAUUCGGAGGAGCCAUUUACUCCCCACGGACGGGCGUCAUCCUCAACAAUGAGCUGGCCGACUUCUGUGGCCGAGCGGACUCAGUUAGGGCAGGUGAGCAGCCCCCCUCCUCCAUGACUCCAGCGAUACUGGAGCUGGAGUCGGGAGGACUCCUCGUGAUUGGUGGAUCAGGAGGAAGCAUGAUCCUCUCAGCGGUUGCCUCGUCUUUAAUAAAUCACCUGUGGCUGGGGAUGAGUCUGAAAGACGCCAUCGCUGCUCCCAUCGUGUAUGUUGACACGAAUAACGACGUGAACUUUGAAAAUGGUUUUGACCAGGCUGUGAGCGAUGGCCUCAAGGGUCUUGGACACAAAGUUGGAACCUGGCAAUACUUCCUCAAUGUGGUCAAUGGUUUGGAGAAAGACAAAGGCUGCAUUGUGGCUGUAUCAGACGCAAGGAAGUUCGGAGCGUCGUCUGGAUACUGACCAGCGAGGACACAACGCCCUCCCACUGACCUCCGCCCUGAAGACCGACUGAAGCUUAAGCCUUAAGAACAAUGAAUGUGCCGCAUCCCUGAUGACAGAAUGUGAAAAAACAGGACGCUAGUGAUCUCAAAGGACAUUUGCAGUUCAUCAUAACUCCAUCUUUCCUAUCAAACUAGUCAGCGCUGUACCCUCCAGAGUGAUCACAGAGAUCCUGGGAAUCAGCAACACGCCUUAAGAAAAAGUUACAGAAGGAAAAAUCAUCAAUUUGUAUGAGCCGGAUUACGGAAAUCACUUUCAGUUUUAAUCCAACUUGAGUUGAAGAAAUGAUGCCGUAAGCAAAACUAGUCGAGACAAACUGUAGCUAUCCUUUGAGCUGAUUGGACGCACAUACACUGAUGUCAGCAUACCUCUAAAAUGACGCACAUGAAGCAGCUCCUGUUGAGAUCUGCUUUUAUAAAAGUGAAGGACUACGCCCCCCUGACUGCAGGGUGUGCACCACAGAGUCAUAAAACCAGAUCUACAGUACAGAUCGACAAAAGCCCCCCCCCCGCAGCUGUGCAAUACCAAGUCUGUAAACAACAGUGAAAAUUAGACUUUCUGUCUAAAAGAACUGUCGAUGAGCCGGGCGACCCUCCACAGUGACACCCAGACGGACGUGUGAGUUCAAUGCUGUCAAAGGAGGUCAGCUCCAACUUUGACUGUGACCUUAUCUUUGAAUGUGAAACAGCUUUAUUCAGAUCCUGCAUCACCUUCUGAUCGUCCUUUAGGAGGAAACGCUGCAGAAUUUAUUUUUUCAAAAAAACUGAGCAGAUUCUUAAGGAGCAAAAUCCUUUUACUUAUUUUCUUACAAUGCCUUCUAUUUUUUUAACGUGUUUUGUAAAAUUAUUUCACAUUUGUGCUCCAAUUUUUAACCGUGAAAUAUGUUUUGUCACAAUAAAAAAAUCCCCCAAACAGAA